CGCAAGGUCGCGGGGCGGGCGUGGUUGAAAACGCGCCUCGUAUUUAAGCCCCCUCGACGGAGGAGGAGAGCAUUGUAGUGCCAUUGCUUUCGUGGUAGACAUCCAUCAAACGACAAAACCAAUCUCAAACAUGAAGGUCUUCGCUGUCCUCGCCUGCUUGAUCGCAGCCGCCGCCGCCGGCGCUCCCUACGCCUCCUACCUGGGCCCCUCCACCCUUGUCAGGGCACCCCAGUUCGACAGCGCCGUCGUGAGCCACGAGCGCCUGGGCGGAAACUUCGCCUACAAGAGCGUCGAGGCCCCCGCCUACGCCCAGGUCGCCCCCGUCAUCACCAACGUCCCCACCCCCGUUGGAGUCAGCUACUCUGCCAAGCCCAUCAUCGCCCCAGUCACCUACACCUCCCCCGCUGAGGUCAAGGUCAUCACCGCCCCAGUUGCCGUAGCCCAUGCCCCAGCUCCAGUCGCCUACGCUGCCCCCGCCUACGCCGCCCCCGCCUACGCCGCCCCCGCCAUCGCCGCCCCCGCAAUCGCCGCCCCAGCACCCCUCGCCUACGCCGCCCGUGCUGCCAUCCCCUACGCCGCCCCCUACCCCUACGCCAAGGCCUACUACCACUAGACCUUCUUCCAAGUUCCUGCCUCCAAGUAUCUCAUGUAAAUAGUCGUUCGUUCCAGCCAGGCCUUCAGAGAUUUGGAUUUGUCAACCCUUUUAGAUUUUUUCCACCUCUUUUAAAUCAGUCCGUAUGAACGCUCUCUGUGGUCUUGCCCCUCUAGACUGUUUCCUUUUAGUUUUUUUGAAAAUUACUUUCGACCAGCCAGAGUCUGCCCAGUGUAAUUUAUUCCCUCCAAGUUUUAGUCCUCUGUGAACCUGUUUUGUUUCUGUGAUAAAAUAUAGAUUACACUACACUACAAAU